GCCUCAGGAACCCCCAGUUGAAUGUAGAGAAACAAUUCCUGGCCCAGGGGAGACCCUCUCUGGUAGUGGCUACAUAGUUCUUGUCCCAAGACGACCCCUUUCUGACGCGGGAGACUCAGCUUGUCCCAGGAGAGCUCCCAGUCGGAUGGGGGUGCAGGCCUUGGUCUCAGGGAAUUCCCCGCUGACCCCAGGAGAAGACUCCAGUCUUCUGGGAUAUCCAGAGCCCAUCCCAGGGAGCUCCCAGUCUGAUGGGAGAGGUGGGCUGAAGAUAUCCACUCCACACAGAUGGGGAGGAACAGAAGACAGGAAGGCCGAAACAAAGAACCCACCUGCACUAAACAGUUAGCAGGUCCACCGGACUUUCUGAAGAGGAAGGACAUUUUCAACAAAUGGCCGAGGGAGAAGCAGCACAGCUGAAGGAGGAAGGGAACCGGCAUUUCCAGCUCCAGGACUACAAGGCCGCGACAAAGAGCUACAGCCAGGCCCUGAAGCUGACCAAGGACAAGGCCCUGCUGGCCACGCUGUAUCGGAACCGGGCGGCCUGUGGCCUGAAAACGGAAAACUAUGUUCAGGCGGCUUCAGAUGCCUCAAGAGCCAUCGACAUCAACUCCUCGGACAUCAAGGCACUGUAUCGGCGAUGCCAGGCGCUGGAGCACCUGGGGAAGCUGGACCAGGCCUUCAAGGAUGUGCAGCGCUGUGCCACUCUCGAGCCACGGAACCAGAACUUCCAGGAGACGCUGAGGAGGCUGAACACCAGCAUCCAGGAGAAGCUCCGUGUGCAGUUCUCCACAGACUCGAGGGUACAGAAGAUGUUUGAGAUCCUCCUGGACCCAAACAGUGAUGCGGAUAAGCUGGAGAAGUCUGCCAACAACCUCAUUGUCCUAGGCCGGGAGGAAGCAGGGGCCGAGAAGAUCUUCCAGAACAACGGAGUGGCCCUGUUGCUGCAGCUCGUGGACACCAAAAAGCCGGAGCUGAUGCUGGCCGCCGUGCGGACCCUGUCGGGCAUGUGCAGCGGCCACCGAGCUAGGGCCACAGCGAUUCUCCAUGCAGUCCGGAUAGACCGAAUCUGUAGCCUCAUGGCCGCCGAGAACGAGGAGAUGUCGCUGGCUGUCUGCAACCUGCUCCAGGCCAUCAUUGACUCUCUGUCUGGGGAGGACAAGCAGGAGCAUCGAGGGAAGGAGGAGGCCGUGGUUCUGGACACCAAGAAGGACCUGAAGCAGAUCACCAGCCACCUGCUCGACAUGCUGGUCAGUAAGAAGGUGUCUGGCCAGGGCCGGGAUCAGGCCCUGAACCUGCUCAAUAAGAACGUCCCCAGGAAGGACCUCGCCAUUCACGACAACUCACGCACCAUCUAUGUGGUGGAUAAUGGCCUAAGGAAGAUCCUGAAGGUGGUGGGGCAGGUUCCAGAUCUGCCAUCCUGCCUGCCCCUGACCGACAACACCCGCAUGCUGGCCUCUAUCCUCAUCAACAAGCUCUACGACGAUCUGCGAUGUGACCCGGAGCGCGAUCACUUCCGCAAGAUCUGUGAGGAGUACAUCACGGGCAAGUUUGACCCCCAGGACAUGGACAAGAAUGUGAUUGCCAUCCAGACGGUGUCGGGGAUCCUGCAGGGCCCCUUUGACCUGGGCAAUCAGCUGCUGGGACUGAAAGGUGUGAUGGAGAUGAUGGUAGCGCUGUGUGGCUCGGAGCGUGAGACAGACCAGCUGGUGGCCGUGGAGGCCCUCAUCCAUGCCUCCACCAAGCUCAGCCGCGCCACGUUCAUCAUCACCAAUGGCGUGUCACUGCUCAAAGAGAUCUACAAGACCACCAAAAACGAGAAGAUCAAGAUCCGCACGCUGGUGGGGCUCUGUAAGCUGGGCUCUGCAGGUGGCACAGACUACGCUCUCAGGCAGUUUGCUGAAGGGUCGACCGAGAAGCUGGCCAAACAGUGUCGCAAGUGGCUAUGCAACGCAUCCAUAGACACUCGCACCCGGCGAUGGGCAGUGGAGGGCCUGGCCUACCUCACGCUGGACGCUGACGUGAAAGAUGACUUUGUCCAGGACAUUCCUGCCCUGCAGGCCAUGUUUGAGCUGGCCAAGACCUCUGACAAGACCAUCCUGUACUCGGUGGCCACAACCCUGGUGAACUGCACCAACAGCUACGACGUCAAGGAGGUCAUCCCCGAGCUGGUGCAGCUCGCCAAGUUCUCCAAGCAGCACGUGCCCGAGGAGCACCCCAAGGACAAGAAAGACUUCGUAGACAUGCGGGUGAAGCGGCUUCUGAAGGCCGGCGUCAUCUCCGUGCUGGCCUGCAUGGUGAAAGCGGACAAUGCCAUCCUCACCGACCAGACCAAGGAGUUGCUGGCCAGGGUUUUCCUGGCACUAUGUGACAACCCAAAAGACCGAGGAACCAUUGUGGCUCAAGGUGGUGGCAAGGCCCUGAUUCCCCUGGCUCUGGAGGGCACAGACGUGGGCAAAGUGAAGGCAGCCCACGCCCUAGCAAAGAUUGCUGCGGUCUCUAAUCCGGACAUCGCCUUCCCUGGGGAGCGGGUGUACGAGGUGGUGCGGCCCCUCGUGAGUCUCCUGGACACACAGAGGGAUGGGCUGCAGAACUACGAGGCCCUCCUAGGUCUCACCAACCUGUCUGGGCGGAGUGACAAACUCCGGCAGAAGAUCUUUAAGGAGAAGGCCUUGCCAGACAUUGAGAACUACAUGUUUGAGAAUCAUGACCAGCUGCGGCAGGCAGCCACCGAAUGCAUGUGCAACAUGGUGGUGAACAAGGAGGUACAGGAGAGGUUCCUGGCGGACGGGAAUGACCGGCUGAAGCUGGUGGUGCUGCUCUGUGGGGAGGAUGAUGACAAAGUGCAGAAUGCGGCCGCAGGGGCCCUGGCCAUGCUGACAGCAGCACAUAAGAAACUGUGCCUCAAGAUGACCCAAGUGACAACUCAGUGGUUGGAGAUCCUACAGCGGCUCUGCCUGCACGACCGGCUGUCAGUCCAACACCGGGGCCUGGUCAUUGCCUACAACCUGCUGGCAGCCGAUGCUGAGCUGGCCAAGAAGCUGGUGGAGAGUGAGCUGCUGGAGAUCCUGACUGUGGUGGGCAAACAGGAGCCGGAUGAGAAGAAGGCGGCCGUGGUUCAGACGGCCCGGGAAUGUCUCGUCAAGUGCAUGGAUUAUGGCUUCAUUAAACCAGUGUCUUAGACAGGGCCUGCAGGGAUGCUGGGGCUGGUCCUGUACUGUGCCGAGUCCUGAGGUGGGAACUCCUGGUGUCACUUCAGCUAGGGAUCAUGGCAGUGGCAGUGAAGUCUCCAUAUAAAGGCAAGGCUCAACGGUUCCCUCACUCGUGAAUCUUCCCCUUCGCCCUAGGAAAGUUGGGAUGUUUCAUUGGCUCUCUUGCUCCCAGACUCCUUACAUCUGUCAUGUUCCAGAAAUCCCUAGAAUAAUUUUCAUCUGUGGUUUGGAAGAUAGGUUGGACAAUUCUUUCUGGACCCAUUCCAAAGGCCAAGAUAAUAAGCUGAAGUUGUUUAUAUCUUGGAAAAUGGAUUGUGUGGUAAGAUAGGACCUAACAGGUGUGUGACUAUAAAGGUUAAUACUGUUGUA